CAAGCAAAAUAACAAGCCUGCCAGUGUCCGCCAUCAGUGCUUGCUCGCUCUCAGUGCAACGUGAACGUGCCCUUUGUGAUUUUACGCGGGAAAUUUUGACAAAUUACAAAACAUGUCUAGAAGAACCGAAAAACGUUUCCUGACUGAAGCUGAUGAGUACCAGUGCUCUCUCUCCGCAGACACACAGAAGGUAGCUGAGGAUGAACUUCGGGAGACUGACAACUCCAGGUCACAGGCUUUGGCGGCACUCAGGAGCUGGAUGGAGCAGAACUCCAAGUUUAUGGCUAUAAGAAUGGAUGCCAAUUACUUACUGCGGUUCCUUCGUGCGAAGAAGUUCAGCGUUCCCAUGGCUCAGGAGGCUAUCGAGCGCUACAUCUUGCUGCGUCAGUCUUGGGGUAUUGCCUUCAACCAGCUGGACUACAAGCUACCAGUCAUGAUGGAACUUAUUGACCUAGGAUACAUAUUUGUGAGUCCGUUCAAGGACAAGCUCGGUCGUCGCGUUGUCAUAUACAGGCCUGGUGUGUUUGACCCCUACAAGUACACCAACCAGGACAUGUGUAGAGUGAUGGGCAUCUGCUACGAAACCCUGUUGGAAGAUGAAGAGAACCAGGUCCGGGGAGUAGUCCACUACGCUGACGGCAGUGGUGUCAGUUUCCCCCAUCUCACCUUGUUCACUCCCAAGGAAGCUGUCAGGAUUGUGAAGAAUGGAGAGCGUACUCUCCCGAUGAGACACAAAGAGAUUUACGGAGUCAACGUCCAUCCUACAGUCAAGUUUGCACUGGACUUCGGCAUGGGUCUCAUCUCAGAGAAGAUUAAGAAGAGAGUCAAGUUAUACAGCGCUGUAGAAGAUGUGGAGAUUGACAAGAGUCUGCUGCCCAAGGAAUAUGGUGGCACCAUGCCGAUGAAGGAAAUGAUUGAUCUAUGGAAAGAGGAGCUCGCCAGCAAACGUGACAUUCUUCUUCUGAACGACAAAAUGGCGGUCCGCCUUGAAAUGUACAGCGAAGCGGCGCGAGAGGGCGCCAUAUCUGCACUGAAAUCUGGCGCGAACACCUGCGCAGGCGCUGACGCAGUCGGAGACGCCAUGAGAGGCCUCACAGGCAAUUUCAGAAAACUUGAAGUAGACUAACUUGUUUAACAUUAGAAUAUAGACUGAUUGUUUUGUAAUUUUAAGUACUUUAGCUAAUAGAUGUGAUAUAGGAUCCCAUUUUAUUGGGUGCCUUUAGUUUUAACUUAGUUUACUUACUGUGGGAACAAAAAUUAGAGCUGUCUAAUAUAGUAAAGACUGGAUGAAAGUAUAACAGCUCCUAUUUUAGUAAUCUCUUAGUUAUGCCUGUUAUUUUAACAAAAGAUAAGCUAGCAAUAAGUGUGGGUAAGUAUUAUGUAGGUUUAAGAAGAGUUUCCGUACAAACAAAUUAAAAGGGGAAUAGGAAAGCAUAAUGUUAUGUCGAAUUAUUUUCUCAUGUGAUUAAUAAAAUAUUUUUAAACAAA